GGGCGGGGACCAUGGUCUGCGCGCAGGUGCAGCUCGGCGCCCGGCCCGCCCGUUCCGCUGCUGUCGCCGCCGUCGUGCGUGCCGCUCGGCGGAGGGGACGGGCCUGCUUUCUCUCCUCCUUCCUCCCCGCCUCCGGCUGCUGGCAGGACCUUUCUUUCGCUGCCGCUGCGACCCCGUGUCAUCGCCCAGGCCGAGCACGAUGCCCCCUAAAAAGGGAGGUGAUGGAAUUAAACCACCCCCAAUCAUUGGAAGAUUUGGAACCUCACUGAAAAUUGGUAUUGUUGGAUUGCCAAAUGUUGGGAAAUCUACUUUCUUCAAUGUAUUAACCAACAGUCAGGCUUCAGCAGAAAACUUCCCAUUCUGCACUAUUGAUCCUAAUGAGAGCAGAGUACCUGUGCCAGAUGAAAGGUUUGACUUUCUUUGCCAAUACCACAAACCAGCAAGCAAAAUUCCUGCCUUUCUAAAUGUAGUGGAUAUUGCUGGCCUUGUGAAAGGAGCUCACAAUGGGCAGGGCCUGGGGAAUGCUUUUUUAUCUCAUAUUAGUGCCUGUGAUGGCAUCUUUCAUCUAACACGUGCUUUUGAAGAUGAUGAUAUCACGCAUGUUGAAGGAAGUGUAGAUCCUAUUCGAGAUAUAGAAAUAAUACAUGAAGAGCUUCAGCUUAAAGAUGAGGAAAUGAUUGGGCCCAUUAUAGACAAACUAGAAAAGGUGGCUGUGAGAGGAGGAGAUAAAAAACUAAAACCUGAAUAUGAUAUAAUGUGCAAAGUAAAAUCCUGGGUUAUAGAUCAAAAGAAACCUGUUCGCUUCUAUCAUGAUUGGAAUGACAAAGAGAUUGAAGUGUUGAAUAAACACUUAUUUUUGACUUCAAAACCAAUGGUCUACUUGGUUAAUCUUUCUGAAAAAGACUACAUUAGAAAGAAAAACAAAUGGUUGAUAAAAAUUAAAGAGUGGGUGGACAAGUAUGACCCAGGUGCUUUGGUCAUUCCUUUUAGUGGGGCCUUGGAACUCAAGUUGCAAGAAUUGAGUGCUGAGGAGAGACAGAAGUAUCUGGAAGCGAACAUGACACAAAGUGCUUUGCCAAAGAUCAUUAAGGCUGGGUUUGCAGCACUCCAACUAGAAUACUUUUUCACUGCAGGCCCAGAUGAAGUGCGUGCAUGGACCAUCAGGAAAGGGACUAAGGCUCCUCAGGCUGCAGGAAAGAUUCACACAGAUUUUGAAAAGGGAUUCAUUAUGGCUGAAGUAAUGAAAUACGAAGAUUUUAAAGAGGAAGGUUCUGAAAAUGCAGUCAAGGCUGCUGGAAAGUACAGGCAACAAGGCAGAAAUUAUGUUGUUGAAGAUGGAGAUAUUAUCUUCUUCAAAUUUAACACACCUCAACAAUCGAAGAAGAAAUAAAAUUUAGUUAUUGCUCAGAUAAACAUACCACUUCCAAAAGGCAUCUGAUUUUUUAAAAAUUAAAAUUUCUGAAAACCAAUGCGACAAAUAAAGUUGGGGAGAUGGGAAUCUUUGACAAACAAAUUAUUUUUAUUUGUUUUAAAAUUAAAAUACUGUGUACCCCCCCCCCCCAUGAAAUGCAAGUUCACUAAAUGUGAACAGCUUUGCUUUUCACGUGAUUAAGACCCUACUCCAAAUUGUAGAAGCUUUUCAGGAACCAUAUUACUCUCAUGAUACUUCAUUAAUCUCCAUCAUGUAUGCCAAGCCUGACACAUUUGACAGUGAGGACAAUGUGGCUUGCUCCUUUUUGAAUCUACAGAUAAUGCAUGUUUUACAGUACUCCAGAUGUCUACACUCAAUAAAACAUUUGACAAAACCA